ACACAACACUCUGGCUCAGAGAGGAGCCGCGCGUCAGUCCACGAUUUGCCGAAGUCUGCGAAGCAGGACAUUUCUCCUGUGGCAUUUCUCUGGACACUUCUGGAGACUAGGGGCAACAACACGGACGGAAUUCCCCCCUCAAAUUCACGUUUAUUCUAAGUUAAACAACGUUUUAAAGAGGCAAACAUAUGAUUUGGUUUCAAGGCUGCAAGUCGCUUAAGCACUUAUCUGGUGUUUCAAGGUUUGUUCUCUUGGAACUAUUUUCACAUUUGCCGCCACAAUGGGAUACAAGAAGGAACUCGGAUAUUGGUUCUUUAUGGUAGCCUCUUGCUCAUUCAUCUCCAAGUAUCGUGCAGAUGGACUUAAUAUCACAGUGGCAGUUAUCCUUCCCAACAGUAUGGGUUUCGCGUGGGCACUGCCGAAGGUCGUCCCAGCCAUCCGAAUGGCGCACGAAAGUAUGGAGAAAUACGGACUUCUGAAGGGACAUACAAUUAAUCUCUUAAAUUUUAGCACGGAGGACCAGGAGGGUGGCUGUGCAGAAAACAGAGCCCAGAUAAUUGCUGUGGAUACUAAACUUUACCACCAACCAGACGCUUUCUUUGGGCCAGGGUGUGUGUACUCCGUAGCCUUAGUGGGAAGGUUCGCAUCCCACUGGAAACUCCCACUGAUAACUGCAGGAGGACUAGCAUAUGGUUUUGAUAAUGGAGACGAGUUCAAAACAAUAGUUCGAAUGGGACCCACGACCACAAAAAUAGGAGAAUUUGCCACUUCUCUUCACGUGCAGUUUAACUGGACCACUAGAGCCAGUCUUAUUUUCUACGACAUAAAACGUGAUGAUCGACCGCACUACUUCCAGAGCGAGGGCAUUUACCUGAACCUGCGCGAAGAACUAAAUGUGACUGUUGAAGCAUUUCCAUAUCAAGAACCAGGAAACUUCGAUUAUAAAGAAAUCGUUAAAUUUAUGAAAGAAAAGGCCAGAAUUGUGUACCUCUGUGGACCUCUUGAUACCUUUCUCCUCAUCAUGAAGCUCUUUCAGGAGGAGGAACCUCACCCUGAGGACUACGCCAUCUUUUAUUUGGAUGUGUUUGGCACAAGCUUGCAAAACGAUGCAAAAAUACCCUGGAACAAUUCCUCCACUGAGUGGACGGAUCCCAUCAAUACUUUCAAGUCUGUGUUCAUCUUGACUUAUAAGGAGCCGGAUAAUCCUGAAUACACUCAAUUCCAAAGGGACCUCCAUAAGCGAGCCAAGCAAGAUUUCAAUGUCCAACUGGAGCCUUCAUUGGAAGACUUUAUCGCGGGUUGUUUUUACGAUGGCUUCGUGCUUUAUGCGAAGGCGUUGGACGAGGUCCUAGCUGAAGGGGGCGCUCAGAACGACGGACUUCGGAUCAUCGAAAAAAUGCAAAACCGUCAGAUCUGGGGGGUCACAGGCCUGGUGACCACCGACGAGAGACACGACAGGAACACUGACUUCACCCUGUGGGCCAUGACAAAUCAACAAACUGGACAGUUUGGGAUUGUGGCUCUUUACAAUGGAACAAAUAAGGAAGUGGUUUGGUCGGCGACUGAAAGGAUCCAUUGGCCUAAAGGGAUUCCACCUCUGGAUGAUCCUGCCUGUGUGUUCUCUCCAUGCCAUGACGGCCAACUGCCGGUUCUGGGAAUCGUCGCUGUCGGCUCCGGCCUGGCCCUCAUCAUCUUCGGAAUAUCGAGUUUUCUCAUUUACAGGAAACUGAAGCUGGAGAAGGAGUUGGCAGGAAUGCUGUGGAGGAUUCGAUGGGAAGACCUCCAGUUCGAGAGUCCCAACAAAUACCACAAGCGCGCUGGCAGCCGACUUACACUCUCACAGAGGGGCUCAAGCUAUGGCUCCCUGAUAACUGCGCAUGGAAAAUAUCAGCUAUUUGCAAAAACAGGCUAUUUUAAGGGCAACCUGGUAGCCAUCAAGCACGUGAACAAGAAGAGGAUUGAUCUGACCAGACAAGUGCUGUUUGAGCUGAAACAUAUGAGAGACGUUCAGUUCAACCACCUGACCAGGUUCAUCGGUGCUUGCAUCGAUCCCCCCAACAUUUGUAUCGUGACCGAAUAUUGUCCCAGAGGAAGUCUUCAGGAUAUACUAGAAAAUGAAAGCAUAAAUCUGGACUGGAUGUUUCGAUACUCUCUCAUCAAUGAUGUUGUGAAGGGAAUGAACUAUCUGCACAAUAGCUACAUCGGAUGCCAUGGAAACCUCAAAUCGUCUAACUGUGUGGUGGACAGCCGAUUUGUGCUGAAAAUCACUGAUUAUGGCCUGGCAAGUUUUCGGUCAUCGUGUGAAAACGAGGACUCGCAUGCAUUAUACGCAAAGAAGCUGUGGACAGCUCCAGAGCUGUUGAUAUAUGAUAGGCAUCCACCACAGGGAACCCAAAAGGGCGAUGUGUACAGCUUUGGCAUCAUUCUGCAAGAAAUCGCCUUGAGAAAUGGACCAUUCUAUGUUGACGGCAUGGACCUCAGUCCUAAAGAGAUUGUUCAGAAGGUGCGUAACGGGCAGAAACCCUACUUCAGGCCCAGCACUGAUAACAGUCGCCACUGUGAGGAGCUGACCAUCCUGAUGGAGGGCUGCUGGGCCGAAGACCCCGCCGAGAGACCCGACUUCAGCCACAUCAAGAUCUUCAUGAUGAAGCUCAACAAAGAAGGAAGCACAAGUAUUCUCAACAACCUGCUCUCUAGAAUGGAGCAGUAUGCCAAUAACCUGGAGAACCUGGUCGAGGAGCGUACUCAAGCGUACCUGGAAGAGAAGCGAAAAGCUGAGAAUCUCCUUUAUCAGAUCCUGCCACAUUCGGUGGCAGAGCAGCUGAAGCGGGGGGAGACGGUCCAAGCCGAGGCGUUCGACAGCGUAACCAUCUACUUCAGUGAUAUCGUUGGCUUCACAUCAAUGUCAGCAGAAAGCACACCGCUACAGGUUGUGACAUUGCUGAAUGAUCUGUACACGUGUUUUGAUGCCAUCAUUGACAACUUUGAUGUGUACAAGGUGGAGACGAUCGGAGAUGCGUACAUGGUGGUGUCAGGGCUGCCGGUCCGGAACGGCAAGCUUCACGCCCGAGAGAUCGCCAGCAUGUCAUUAGCCCUGCUAGAGCAGGUGAGGACAUUCAAGAUCCGACACCGGCCCAACGACCAGCUGCGGCUCAGGAUAGGCAUCCACACGGGACCUGUCUGUGCCGGUGUGGUGGGUCUGAAAAUGCCAAGGUAUUGUUUAUUUGGAGACACUGUCAACACGGCGUCUCGGAUGGAGUCAACGGGGGAAGCCUUAAGGAUACACAUGUCCUCGGCCACCAAAGAAGUGCUGGAUGAGUUUGGCUAUUUUGACCUGCAGUUACGAGGUGACGUGGAGAUGAAGGGCAAAGGCAAAAUGAGAACGUAUUGGCUUCUGGGGGAAAAGACAGAUGUCUAUGUUAUCUGAGACGCUGUGCUGAUGAGCAGGAAAAUCGGCUGACUGCUGUGGACGAGGAGCCAGCGUCGUUCAGUCCACCCCAACCACCGUCCAUCCCACCUCCCCCAUCACAGUUGGGACGGGAGGUUUUUCCUCUGUGCAAAUGAGCAGAGGUUUUUAAAACUAAAUACCUUUUGGAGAGAGGUGAUUCCAGGUAUAUUUAAUUACCUGCUUAAUUGCAAAUAAGAAUAAAACUCAAAGAAAAAAAAACAUGAUAUAAAAGCAAAACCGAUUAAAACACUAUUGUAAAGACGUUUUUAUGAAGAAGCUUUGUGUCUCAACAAAGGAGUACUUUUCAGAGAUGAACCCUUAUUUUCUGUGCUUUCUAUAUUCAGAUUUGUAUCAUGUGUUUGGAAAUCAGUGAGCAUAUACUUGGUGUUUCCAUUCAGCGUAGUGAGAGAAAGAGAGAGAGAGAGAGCACAGUGUCUUAGGGUGAAUGGUUUUGUCAAUGCAAAGGUACAAGUGAAGUUCCACAGUGGCACUAUAGACAGAUAUUUGUAUAUAUGUAUAAUCAAGACAUUGUAAAAUAUUUUGUUCAAUAAACUGAAUCAAAUGCUC